GCAUACUCUUUGAUCAAAGGUCAUGUGUGUCAAGCAAGAAUGUUGGAAGUUUCUACCUGAGUGUGAGAGAAGUUGGUGAUAAGAAAGUAGAUAAAUUAUUAAUCGGUGCUUGAUGACAAUCUGAUCUAGGUCUACUGUCAAACGAAGGAGAUGAAUUUGUCUAGUAGAAUUCAUGGUGAAUGAAUAUAAUACUCAACUACUUCGGAAUUAAUCUAGUUAAUUGUGUUUGGCUCUAGCCUGCUUUCUACUGCAUACACACACAGACAGGCUCAGUCAGGUGGAGACGAAGGGCGGUGCUAGCUCUGCUGCUGAGUAUCGUUAAUCAUUUGAUAGAGAGGGGAGAGCUAUCGUAGAUAAAGGCUGGCCGACCCUUGUGCGUUGUCGGCUGAAGAAACUAGGGGCCUAGGCACCAGAAUACCGUUUCAAUCUAGGUUUUGAAAUUUACUGAAGAAUCAUGAAGGAAGAGGAUAUUGAGAUUGCGAUUAAAGUGAUCGUGGUCGGCAACGGUGCAGUCGGCAAAUCCAGCAUGAUACAACGUUACUGUAAAGGAAUAUUCACAGCGGAUUAUAAGAAGACAAUUGGUGUUGACUUCUUAGAAAAACAAAUUGAAGUAAACGAUGAGGAAGUAAGGAUGAUGUUAUGGGACACGGCUGGGCAGGAGGAAUUUGAUGCUAUCACAAAAUCAUACUACCGUGGUGCUCAAGCGUGUGUUUUAGCAUUCUCAACUGUAGAUCGUGACUCAUUUGAAGCGAUAGAGUCUUGGAAACGGAAAGUAGAAGAAGAGGUAUUGUCUAUUCCGAUGGUUCUUAUACAAAACAAAAUAGAUCUGGUGGAUGAAGCCGUAUUAGAACCAGAAGAAGCAGAAGCCUUAGCGAAACGCUUGAAACUACGAUUUUACCGAACAUCAGUAAAAGAGAAUUUAAACGUUGAAGAUGUGUUCCGAUAUUUAGCAGAUAAGUACAUUCAGAAAUUACAAACAGCUGAAGCAGAAGAUAAUGAAACUACUAAUGCAAAGAUUGGUAUAUUUAAUAUAUCGUCCACAUCAGAUAAAUCAAAUUCAGGUGCGAAAAACUCUGAUGGUAUUAUACAACUGAAGCCAAACAAGCAACGAACGAAGGGCAAGAAGCAUCCUCUAAAAGCAUUUUGUACUAUCCUUUGAAAAAAUGGUAUCUUCCAUUCUUCUUUUCACUUUACACAUAUUAUCUGCUUCCAAAGUAUUGUAUGUUUUAGAUAUUUCCCUAAGUUAAUAAAUAUAAGAAUUAGUUAAUUCUUUAUUUCAGGAAUUAUUUAUCAGACCUCAAAGGAUUCAGUAAGCCUGUUUAGGCGAGACUUUUUUAUACCUUGUUUAGCGAACCUGCCGACUGCAAAUGUUGAUGAUUUCGAAUAUAAGUAAAAUUUUAUUUUUGGCCAACUAGGACACCCGCCACCACCAAAAUAAGUAAACAUUUCAGAAAAAAAAAAA